UACUUUGUGGUAUUACUAAUCACAUCGAACACCAAAAAAUACACGGCUGGGUUUUUCACGAAAUAUCUUAAAUUAGUUGUGAAAUUAAGAUAAUAAUAGUAGUAUUAACCCCAGACAACUCUGUUAGUGUUGUGAAAUUAUAGAGUAUAUAUUGGUUAACAAAAAGGAAGAAGGUCAACAGACAGUAAAAAAUGGUUGUCAGACCCUAUAACGAGGAGCUAAAAUAUUUGGAAAAAAUCAGCGAUUGCUGUUGGCGCAUUAAGAAGGGCUUCCAGCCCAAUAUGAAUGUAGAAGGAUGUUUCUACGUAAACGAUAAUUUGGAGAAGCUAAUGCUGGAAGAGUUAAAGAAUUCCUGUAGACCUGGAGCUGUGGGUGGCUUUUUGCCGGGUGUUAAACAAAUUGCCAAUGUAGCAGCAUUACCCGGCAUUGUGGGACGUUCCAUCGGUUUGCCCGAUAUACAUUCCGGUUAUGGUUUUGCUAUUGGUAAUAUGGCCGCCUUUGAUAUGGAUGAUCCUUUGUCUAUUGUUAGUCCUGGUGGUGUGGGUUUCGAUAUUAACUGUGGUGUACGUUUGUUGAGAACCAAUCUGUAUGAGAAAGAUGUACAGCCUGUGAAAGAGCAAUUGGCCCAAAGUUUAUUCGAUCAUAUCCCAGUAGGUGUAGGCUCUAAGGGUAUUAUACCUAUGAAUGCCAAUGAUUUGGAAGAGGCUUUGGAAAUGGGCAUGGAUUGGAGUUUAAGAGAAGGCUAUGUUUGGGCUGAAGAUAAAGAACAUUGCGAAGAAUAUGGUCGUAUGUUGAAUGCCGAUCCCUCUAAAGUUAGUUUACGCGCCAAGAAAAGAGGUUUACCCCAGUUGGGUACUUUGGGUGCUGGUAAUCAUUAUGCCGAAAUUCAAGUAGUAGAUGAAAUUUAUGACAAAUGGAGUGCCUCUAAAAUGGGUAUCGAAGAGAAGGGUCAGGUAUGUGUUAUGAUACACUCGGGCUCCAGAGGUUUUGGCCAUCAAGUGGCCACCGAUGCUUUGGUACAAAUGGAAAAGGCCAUGAAACGUGAUAAUAUCGAAACCAAUGAUAGGCAAUUGGCCUGUGCACGCAUUAACUCACCCGAAGGUCAGGAUUAUCUUAAAGCCAUGGCGGCCGCUGCCAAUUUUGCUUGGGUUAAUCGCAGUUCCAUGACAUUCCUUACCCGCCAGGCUUUUGCUAAAAUGUUCCACACAACACCCGAUGAUCUUGAUAUGCAUGUUAUCUAUGAUGUCUCACACAAUAUAGCAAAAGUGGAAAAUCACAUUGUCGAUGGCAAAGAGAAAAAAUUGCUAGUACAUCGUAAAGGUUCCACUAGAGCUUUCCCCCCUAAUCAUCCUUUGAUACCAGUCGAUUAUCAAUUAACCGGACAACCUGUA